UGUCACCUAAACGUAGUUUACAGGGAAACGUUCGGUUAAGGAUGUUCUAGUGUGGCUUUUCUCCUCGAACCUGUUUUCCAACAAUGUCCCGCCUCCUGAGCUAGGACUGGUUAGGAGUUCGCACUUGCGCCACGUUGAUUGAACUGUGUGAUUUUGAGCCUCAGCAUUGGUGAUGAUGUGAUGUGAAGAGACGACGCUACCCACAGUGUGUCGCUGUGUGUGUGUGAGGUGUGGCGAUGAAGCUGAAUGAGCGGAGCGUGGUGCACUAUGCCACCUGUGGCAUUCCUCCUGAUAAAUCAGGCUUCCUGAUGAAGAAGAGUGAGCGCAGCGGGACGUUCCACCGCCGAUGGUGUGUCCUUAAAGCCAACAUGCUCUUCCUGUUCGAGGAGCGCGGGAGGCGCGAGCCGCUGGGCCUGGUGGUGCUUGAGGGUUGCACGGUGGAGCUGUGUGAGAGCGAGCGGGUCGACUUUGCUUUCGCUGUACGAUUUGGCCAGAGCCACACACACACCCUCGCCGCCGACACGCAGGAAGAGAUGGAGGACUGGGCUAAGGCGUUAGCGCGUGCUAGCUUCCAAUAUCUGCGUCUGGUUGUGCGCGAGCUUGAGAAACAGCUGGAGGAGGCACAGAAGAAGUCUGAGGAUGGAGCAGCAGGGGGUGUCGGAGAAAUCACAGCACUCCAUCCUGAUCCAACCCGCAGGGAGAACGGAAUUUCCUGGAAUGAACCAUCACAACCCGAAGAUCUCAGAAUUUUGGGAAGAGAGAACAGCGCCUCCUGGAACAAACCCAUGGUUGCUAAUGGGGUGGCGUGGGAGGGUGAGUGUGGCGUCAGGGGCCGUCCUCCACCUAUUCCUCCACGCAGGAAAAGCCCCCCUGAGAUGGGAGUGGCUCACGGAGAUAUGGGUGUGUCUCCCGGGACCACCUGCUUCUCCAAACUGCACGAAUGGUACGGAAAGGAAGUAGCUCAGAUCCGCAGAGAGUGGCUGCAGAGUCAGUAGCAGGAGUGUGUGUGUCGGAGCUGGGGUGCUAAUCACAGUAUUUGACACCGCAGUGUCACCGCGGUUACUUAUUAAGAGGCGGAGUUAACGAGACUGCAAACAUGACAAUGAGACAGAAUGCUUCAACGCUGUAAGACAGCCAAGCGUGAGAAGCUAUAACACCAGCACGUGUUCAGACGGACGAGGAGUCGAAUGUACAGAAGAAUAAACCUGCUUCAAUCUCUCCGUCUCUAAUCUUCUUAACUUCCACUCUGGAAUUUUUAGACCAAUUCCAAAACAAAGGAAUAAAUGUGGCAAAUAGGAACCAGAAGUCUGUCUGAUAAAGCUGCACAACUGAAUCUCGUCUACCAGCAUCUUAUCUUCAUGAGUUAAUGAUGUCAUCUCGGUGCUGCGCCAUCCUGCCUUUUGCCUGUUUUUUUACUCUCUGUCUUUAAUCUAACAUCCUGUAUAAUCUCACAGCUUUAUACAUACGGACAGGACAAACACAUUUUAUACGGUUUUUGUUCCAUUAUUUCGGUGAUUUUAAGGUGCAUCUUUAAACAGGAAGUGCCUUUUAUUUCGCUGUGUUUUUUCCACCAUACAAAAAAGUGAAGGUUCUCUGAGGGGGUAGGGGGUAAAGGGUAGGGGGCAUUAUGGAGCAGCACAGGUGUGUCUAGAGGCACGCUGAUAACAGACCAGUUUUAAAGUUUAUAAGUGUUUAUUUUUUAAGUAACUGCUCACAUACAUCUUAUUAACGACUAUAAAAAUGUAACUUGACUUACACAGAAUCCUUUUUUCAAUUUUUUAAAAACCUGUUUUAACCAAAAAGAAAAGAAAGACACACUGGACACCACAUCCAAACUACUCACUGUUUCUAUGGAAACAUUCUGAUUAUCUGAUAUCUGAUAAACUCUUGUUAUACAAUUCUGUCAGAUUUGUAGGAUUUUAUCUCUAGUAUCUGAUCCAGUUUUAUUACUAGGUUAGUAAAAAUGUAAGAUCGUGUUCCUCGUAGCUCUGCCCCUGUGAACCGUUAGUUAACAUUAAUGCCCAUUUAUAACAAUAAUAAGACAAAAAACAACCAGCUGAAGCCUUUCUGGAAAAAAGAAAAAGUUUUGCUUCUUUGUGUGGUGGAAACAAAGUUCUAUUUGAGUUUUAUGAAUAUUUUAAGCCUGCGUGUGUGUGUGUGUGUGCACACGUUAGUGUGUGCGUGUAUGUAUGCACAUGUGUUUGUAUGGGUAGACUUGUUUGUGUGUGUGUCUGUGUGCAUGUAAGUGUACGCAUGUGUGUGGACGUGUGUGCUGGUAUGUGUGCACGUUUUUGUGUGUGCACGCGCACGUGUGUUUGUGUGUGUGGGUGGACCUGUGUGUGCGUGUCUGUGUGUGCAGAUAAGUGUGUGUGUAUGUGUGUGUGCAGGACAUCAGCAAGCUGGAGCUGGUCUUUAGCAGAAUGUAUUCAUCCUAAUGGAGACACAUUUCUCAAGUGUGUAUGCGCCAAAUCCAGUCACUGUGAUUGACAGCAGGAGGCUUACAAACCUGACUUAUGUUUCCUUUAUAGAUUUUUUAACAGGAAUUGUUUCCAUGGUUAACGCUUAGCUAGCUAGCUCUGCUAGUCUGCUUACUCCUCCUCUCUGAAGGAGUUAUAUUUCUGUCCAAUCACACGCAAACACUUUUUAUUUAAACAAAAGUACACGGUACUUGACAUUCUUUAUAAAACAAAACGAAGGACCUGAUGCACUUUUUUAUUUUGGGAGAAACGUUAAUACAGGUUUUACAGAGACAGUGGCUCUGUGUGUGAGUUCAGUGGUUACUGUAUAGUCAUCAUAAACUCUAUAUCUAUAACUACAUCAUUUACACUUCUUCAUUUAUCAGCUCUAUUUAGUUUUUUUUCAGUUCAUUAAAGCAGCAUUACAAAAGGAAAAACUCUCCUUUUUAUGAUAAUCAGCAGAUGCAGUCACUGUUACCUUCUAGUUCUUUUCCUGAAGCUUCACAAUACAAAGUUCUGAAAGUAUCUGACUGUUACGAAGCGCAGACACUAGAGUCUCCUAACAUUCCUAAUCUUUAAGCGUCUCCUUUCUUUAGGAAGACUUCAACACAUCAGUGAUUUUGACAAGGUGGAGUUUGUUGAUUAUAAAGAGGGAACAGUUGAUCUCUGGUUCUGUUCACUGUAAGACAUGAACUUCUGUUCAUGGUACUGAAUUUUCAGCAGCUUAAUCACUCAGCAUUUCAGAAUGUUAUGGAUUUGUAUGAAGUUUAACUCUGUCAUUGUAUGAAAUUAAACUCUGUUUCUCUGUCUAACAAUUGUAUUUGCAAAUAAACCACUUUUUUCCAACAA